AUGACAAUAUCGAUAACAUACGAUUAUAAAACACCUCAGUCGCAAUCUACUACCAAAAAAUCUACGUCGAUAUCACCAUCUUCGUACCCUUUACCCAAAUCGAUGAAUUUACCUUCUUUGACCUUACGUGAUAAUUCGACAUCAGAUAAGAUGUCACCUGAUCAUCAUCAUCACCAUCAUCACCAUCACCAUCCUCCUUCUAUGAGAAGGGAAUCGUUCCACUACUCAGGUGAAAGACCACAUCCACCACCAUUAAAGUCCACCUAUAGUUUCGUCGAGCCGUCCUCCUCUGCUUCAACAUCUAAUUUGCUCCUGCGUACACCACAAGAGCUGGAGCGUAAGCAAGAGUGGCAGACCUCACCUCGUAAGCAGACUUCGCCGAAUAACCAGGAGAAACCAGCCGAAAAGGAAGAGUUGACCACGAAAGGAAGAAAGAGGAAGAGAUUGGCAAAGGCCUGCAGUGCUUGUCAUAAAAACAAACGACGAUGUGACGGCUUCGCUCCUUGUUCGAAUUGCGAAUUUUCCAAUCGACCUUGUCUUUACGUUAACGCUCAAGGAGAUCCGAUCCCUCCUCCAAGAACGAGAGACUCGUCAACUGUUCCUCCUCGACCCAAUAAGGAAGAUGCUAAAGCUGCGAAUAAUCACGAAAGGAAAACUAGCGGUGAAAGCAACUGGUCGAGGAGGGAGAGUUUCAGAGAAGAUGCCGAGCAUCAUAGACCACCAUCGCUUGGACCUAUACAAGCUGUUGAGCAUGAUACGUCGCUGAGUGCCGAGUUGAUUGAUAUCUUCUUUCGUCGAUGCGCACCUCUGUCGACAAUGUUUCACGCCUCCACGUUUCAUUAUCGGCUUUACAUGAACCAAGUCUCACCCAUACUUUUGGAUAUCAUCUAUGCAUUCGCCUCUCGACUUUGUGAAAACCCGAACUUCGUCUCGACUUUCUCUCCCUCUCAGCCCGCUCAUCUACGUGGUGAGACGUUCAUCCAUCGAGCUCAUGGUGCCGCUCAACGCAUGAUCGAAGUGCGAAAAACCUGGAAUGAGGAGGAAAGGCGGAUGGACAGGGGUACAUGGCAAGAGACCGAAUUGGCUCAAGCAUGUUAUCUUCUAAGCGUUUAUUUCAGCUGUCUCAGACAACCUAAAAUUGGAAUGUUCUAUCUCGAUUCAGGGUUAGAUAUCCUACGAUCACCGAGCUUGGAUUAUAUCCCACCACCUGCUACUCACCUCAAACUGAAUUCGAUAGAGUAUAAUACCUUGAUGGAGAUUCGGAUUAGAACGUUCUGGUCAUUGGUCUUCCACGAUCUAUGUGCUGCUGCUAAUGGAAGACCAAGGCGGUUCAGCGAGAGUGAACUUGGGAAUAUCCCUUUACCCUCCAAUGAGAGUCAGUGGGCCAGAUGGGGUGGAAAUGCCAUCGGUGGGCGGGAACCCGGAAGAAGAGAUGGAUUGAAACCUGGGAGUGGGAAUUGGCCAGGUGAAGAAGGUCAGAUCGGAGAAUUGGGUCAUGUCUUACGUAUCUUGUCGAUAUUCGCAGAUAUCAUGACUUUAGCUACUGACUCCAAGACCGAUCGAUCUGAACCAAAGCAAAACCUCGCUUCGAGAUAUGAAUCCGCGUUGAAGAGCUGGGCGAUGACCUUACCUCGACACUUGCACUUUGACGAACAUAACCUGUCUUCUGCCGUCAACAAGCUGUCCUCGCCGGUUGUGGAGACCAAGAUGACCGGCUGGAUGUACGCUUACAUGCACGCUGUUGCUGAAUGUGGGAUGUUCUACCUCCAAGCUGCUGUUGCGCAGUUCACCGAUGGCGCUUAUACCGCUCAAAGACAGAGUCAAGCGGUUGAUAAUCUCUCGGUCAUCAUGGAUACUAUAGGUAGGAAUGGACGUGAAGGGUGUUGUUUCCUCUUCCCCCUGUUUGUGAUUUCGAAUUGGCAGGAACACCUCCAGAUGUCCAAUCUGAUUGUCCCUGGACCACCACAAGCGAUCAUGGAAGAUCGAUUAUCCCUCUGGUGGAACGAGAUGAAGCUUGAAUGGGGAAUUGAGAGACAUGAAUUGCUCCAACGAGGAUUUUACUCUCUAAACACUAUCGGUACUGUCCAAACACCGACAUCACUAGCCACACCUCGCUUCUCACAAUCUCAACCUACCAUCGAAUUGCCUUCUUCGGGCUUGGGCCUAAGUCUAUACCAAACUUCGCCUGUUAGACAUAUGACUACCAGCACUGAAACUGGUUCAGCUAUAUCUGCUACAUCCCCAGUAUCUACCAUGUCAAUCUCGACACCUCACAUGUCUACUUAUUCUAGAUUUUCUAUGAGUGGAUCGUCCGCACCUACUUUACCACCACUUCGACCCAGAGCUCAAUCAUCGGCAGCUACCAUGUCUGUAUCUUACACAUCACCUUCACCUCCCAUCGGAGGAUCAAGGAAUAUCUUACCGGGAAUGAUUAAAUCGUCCUCAUCCGGACGAUCCGAAUUGAUUUCCUUACCUCCCUUGUCAGGUGAAUUCAAAUCGAAUUUGAAGAUCACAAGUCCGAGACAUCAUCCUUAUUCUAAUGGCAGAUCACCUAGAAUGAGCUGGGCUGGACCAACUACCAGUGAAACUGCAAAUGGAAAAUCACCCGGUGGUGAAAGUGGAAAGAGGGAUUCGAAUCAUUUGAUGGGUAUUGCUGCGCUGGUCAGUGUCGCUGAGAAUGAGAGGGAGGAAAGGGAAAAAGAGAGGGAGAGGGAAAGGGAGAGAAAGACUUUGACUACGGUUUAG